UCCCAGAACGAAGACGAAGAAGAGAAAAAAGAAAUUCAUCUGUACUUUUCGUCAACCAAACGAACCAUUUCAAUUCGAAUUUCUCCUGUUCUUCUUCAAAUCGAUCAAUCUCCGAGCUCAAAAAGCUUCCGAAUUCCAAUCGAGAUUUUCUCACAAUCCACCAUCCUCACAAGAACCUCGCUCUCGCCGUCGGAAUGGCCGGCGCCGCCUCGGCGCUCUUCCUGCUAGACAUCAAAGGUCGGGUUUUGAUCUGGCGCGAUUACCGAGGCGAUGUCUCCGCUGCUCAAGCCGAGCGAUUUUUCACCAAGCUUAUCGAGAAAGAGGGAGAUUCAGAGUCUCAGGAUCCGGUGGUGUACGACAAUGGCGUUACGUACAUGUUCGUACAGCACAACAAUGUCUACUUGAUGAUUGCCUCAAGGCAGAACUGCAAUGCCGCGAGCCUUUUGCUCUUUCUUCAUCGCUUAGUUGAUGUGUUUAAGCACUAUUUCGAAGAGUUAGAAGAGGAAUCCUUGAGAGAUAACUUUGUGGUUGUGUACGAGUUGCUUGAUGAAAUAAUGGAUUUUGGUUUCCCUCAAUUCACGGAAGCUAAGAUUCUUAGUGAGUUCAUCAAGACUGAUGCUUACAGGAUGGAGGUCACCCAACGGCCUCCCAUGGCCGUCACGAAUGCGGUUUCUUGGCGGAGUGAAGGGAUCCGAUACAAGAAAAAUGAAGUUUUCUUGGAUGUGGUGGAAAGUGUGAAUAUACUUGUCAACAGCAAUGGGCAAAUAAUACGUUCUGAUGUUGUUGGAGCACUAAAGAUGAGAACGUAUUUGAGUGGUAUGCCGGAGUGUAAACUUGGCCUGAAUGAUAAAGUGCUACUGGAGGCUCAAGGUCGAACAAUGAAAGGGAAAGCAAUUGAUCUGGAUGAUAUUAAGUUUCACCAGUGUGUACGGUUGGCUCGAUUUGAUAAUGACCGAACUAUAUCCUUCAUACCUCCUGAUGGAUCUUUUGAUCUAAUGACAUAUAGACUCAGUACUCAGGUAAAACCUCUCAUCUGGGUGGAAGCGCAAGUUGAAAAGCAUUCUAGAAGUCGCAUUGAAAUUACAGUCAAAGCAAGGAGCCAAUUUAAGGAGCGGAGCACUGCAACAAAUGUUGAAAUCGAAUUGCCAGUGCCUUCUGAUUCGACAAAUCCUAAUGUUCGGACAUCUAUGGGAUCCGCUGCUUAUGCUCCAGAAAACGAUGCCUUGGUCUGGAAAAUAAAAUCAUUUCCUGGUAAUAAGGAAUAUAUGUUGAGAGCCGAGUUUAGUCUUCCUAGCAUUACUGCUGAAGAUGCGGCUCCUGAAAGAAAAGCUCCUAUUCGUGUGAAGUUUGAGAUACCAUAUUUUACGGUCUCAGGAAUUCAGGUUCGCUAUCUCAAAAUCAUUGAAAAAAGUGGAUACCAGGCUCUUCCAUGGGUGAGAUACAUAACAAUGGCUGGCGAGUAUGAACUAAGAUUGAUUUAAAUGCUAGACUCACGUGUAUAUUUGUUGUAUUCAUGCUGAGAAGUUCUUUUCCAUAAUUUUUGAAAUAGUAGUAAUUUCUUCUCUGUUGAUCUUCUGAUACUCAAUUUUUGUUUAAAUAUAUGAUUUGUUUGUAAUGAUGCAACGGGACGAA